AUGACGUCUUUCCAGAGAGACGACAGAUUUUUCACCAAGGACUGGAUCAUUACCCUUCCCUCCCGCCUAGAGCCAAACCUCAAAUUCGUCCGCCUAACACCCGCCGAGACAGACGCAUUUGUACGCUUUGCAGAGCGAGUGGUCAUCCCAUCGGCCCCGAACACCACCGAAGCCCCUCUUGCUGAGCCUCAAGCUCCAGCCCCAAUCCCUGGAGAAAGGAUGCAGAGGAACUAUGCCGAUUCCCGGACCCGACAUCAUGCUCUCGACGUAUAUAUGUCCUUGGAAGGCAAGUUUGUAGGCUGGGGAGCCAUAUAUCAGAUUACGCCCCCCGGCGAAAAGCCGAGUGUCGCAAACGUUGCCAUCAGACUAAGCCCCGAAAUCCAAGGGAAGGGACUGGGAAAGGUGCUACUACAGGUUUUGUUACGGUUGAGUAAUGAAGUGGAUGUGGAUAUUAUUGAGGCGGGUACCAUGAAGUAUAAUAUCCCAAUGAGAAGAUUGGGGAAGAGCGUCGGCUUGGUUGAGACGGAGGAGAUUAAGGAACUCCCUGGACGGGGCGUUGUCGCUGAUAUACUGUUUAAGAACAUUGAGAGGGAGAAGUGGAGAGAUCUUGAUAUGGUGGUUGAGUUUAAGGAUCAAGUUGUAAGUAAGGAAAUGGGCAUGUAA